CCCGUCCUCAAAGUCCCGUCCUCACAGUCCCAUCCUCGCCAUGGCUCCCGGAGAGAAGAUCAAAGCCAAGAUCAAGAAGAAUCUGCCCGUGACGGGCCCUCAGGCACCGACCAUUAAAGAGCUGAUGCGGUGGUACUGCCUCAACACCAACACCCAUGGCUGCCGCCGCAUCGUGGUGUCCCGCGGCCGCCUGCGCCGCCUCCUCUGGAUCGGGUUCACACUGACUGCCGUCGCCCUCAUCCUCUGGCAGUGCGCCCUCCUCGUCUUCUCCUUCUAUACUGUCUCGGUUUCCAUCAAAGUUCACUUCCGGAAGCUGGAUUUUCCUGCGGUCACCAUCUGCAAUAUCAACCCCUACAAGUACAGCGCUGUGCGCAACCUUCUAGCUGACUUGGAACAGGAGACCAGAGAGGCCCUGAAGUCCCUGUACGGCUUUCCAGAGUCCCGGAAGCGCCGAGAGGCGGAGUCCUGGAGCUCCGUCUUGGAGGGAAUGCAGCCCAGAUUCUCCCACCGGAUCCCGCUGCUGAUCUUUGAUCAGUACGAGAAGGGCAAGGCCAGGGACUUCUUCACAGGGAGGAAGCGAAAAGUUGAUGGGAGAAUCAUUCACAAGGCUUCAAAUGUCAUGCACAUCGAGUCCAAGCAGGUGGUGGGAUUCCAGCUGUGCUCGAAUGACACCUCCGACUGUGCCACCUACACCUUCAGCUCGGGGAUCAAUGCCAUUCAGGAGUGGUAUAAGCUGCACUACAUGAAUAUCAUGGCACAGGUGCCUCUGGAGAAGAAAAUCAACAUGAGCUAUUCUGCUGAGGAGUUGCUGGUGACCUGCUUCUUUGAUGGAGUGUCCUGUGAUGCCAGGAAUUUCACGCUUUUCCACCAUCCAAUGCAUGGGAAUUGCUACACUUUCAACAACAGAGAAAAUGAGACCAUUCUCAGCACCUCCAUGGGGGGCAGCGAAUAUGGGCUGCAAGUCAUUUUGUACAUAAAUGAAGAGGAAUACAACCCAUUCCUCGUUUCCUCCACUGGAGCUAAGGUGAUCAUCCAUCGGCAGGACGAGUAUCCCUUCGUUGAAGAUGUGGGAACAGAGAUUGAGACGGCAAUGGUCACCUCUAUAGGAAUGCACCUGACAGAGUCCUUCAAGCUGAGUGAGCCCUACAGUCAGUGCACGGAGGAUGGGAGUGACGUGCCAAUCAGGAACAUCUACAACGCUGCCUACUCGCUCCAGAUCUGCCUUCAUUCAUGCUUCCAGACGAAGAUGGUGGAGAAAUGUGGGUGUGCCCAGUACAGCCAGCCUCUACCUCCCGCAGCCAACUACUGCAACUACCAGCAACACCCCAACUGGAUGUAUUGUUACUACCAACUGCAUCGAGCCUUUGUCCAGGAAGAGCUGGGCUGCCAGUCUGUGUGCAAGGAAGCCUGCAGCUUUAAGGAGUGGACACUAACCACGAGCCUGGCACAAUGGCCAUCUGUGGUUUCGGAGAAGUGGUUGCUGCCUGUUCUCACUUGGGACCAAGGCCGGCAAAUAAACAAAAAGCUCAACAAGACAGACUUGGCAAAACUCUUGAUAUUCUACAAAGACCUGAACCAGAGAUCCAUCAUGGAGAGCCCAGCCAACAGUAUUGAGAUGCUUCUGUCCAACUUCGGUGGCCAGCUGGGCCUGUGGAUGAGCUGCUCUGUUGUCUGCGUCAUUGAGAUCAUUGAGGUCUUCUUCAUCGACUUCUUCUCUAUCAUUGCCCGCCGCCAGUGGCAGAAAGCCAAGGAGUGGUGGGCUCGGAAGCAGGCUCCCCCCUGUCCAGAAGCUCCCCGCAGCCCACAGGGCCAGGACAACCCAGCCCUGGAUAUAGACAAUGACCUACCCACUUUCAACUCUGCUUUGCACCUGCCUCCAGCCCUAGGAACCCAAGUGCCCGGCACACCGCCCCCCAAAUACAAUACCUUGCGCUUGGAGAGCGCCUUUUCCAACCAGCUCACAGAUACCCAGAUACUAGAUGAGCUCUGA